CAUGACAGUUUUUCAGAGGCAAUUUGUCAGUUGUCGCUGAACACCUACUGCGAGUGCUCAUAAACUUCUCUUCCCUUCAUAGUAAUAUAUGUCGAGGUGGAAACCCUGAAAAUGGAGCAACUUCAUGAACCUUUUUUAAAACAAUGCAUAGCUUCCCUAGCAAUGAACAAUAGCAUACUUAAGCAGAACCCGUGUGACAGUUUCUGUUUGUUAAAAAAUGAUACGAACAGUAAUCAGCAAGCAGCAAAGACAGUUUCUUUAGUAUUAACACGUCUGACUAAUGCAACUGGCUCCUAUGUUCAUGUUCUUCGGUGCAACGUUUGUGAUUACUUAACACUCAACCCGUCCACAUUGAAGGAACAUUUCCGUUUAAGACACCCUUCUUCUCUUGGUUUCCUAACGUACACCUGUCCUCAUUGCUCAAGUAUGUCCACAGAAAAAUGUUUAAUGGAGGAACACCUGAGGAUGUAUCAUCGAAUGACUGAAAAUCCAGGUACAAAACUUGUUGAAAGAUUUCAUACGCCAACAUCUGAUGUUCUCAGUCUUAACUGCGUUUCACCUUCUACUGUUUCUGGUAAUACAUUACCUUUUACUCUGAUGAAUUCGAAUACUGCUACCACACAAAACAAUCUCGCAAUAAACUUGGCUAACGCUAUUACAGCUUUUCAAAAUGUCAACAAACAUCAAGCGCAGCAGACGGUAGUGAGUGCCGGAUCUUCAGCAUCCACAACGUGUACAGUUUCAAAUGUCUCUACAACCAAAACAACGGCGACAGCUCCAACUUCUGUUAACUUGGAAAACCCUGAACAAGAUGUAAAUACAGACUCACAAGUAUUCCAAGAUGGGUCUGUUUCAUCGGAAACCUUAACGUCGAAUUCAAGUAAUUCUGCUGUCAGUGGAUCUCGCAGAAGAAAAGCAACUACUCCUGGACGCAUCUGUUUAUCGGUAUCAAAGACCUCAAAUGAAGGUUCAUCAUCUGAAGACACAGAUAUGAGCUCUCGCGAAACCAACCAGCCAAUGAUUAGCUCUGUUAAGGUAGAAAGUUCACUUUAUGAUACGUCACCUUCUGGUAAACGUACUUUAUCUGGUUUGGAUGAAGUUGAUGGUCAAAUAAAAGACGGUAUUACCCCACCAAAAUCUAAAAGACUAUGCAGAGAUUCCGACAAUAAAGUAACUGAUGCUAAUACUGCGAAAAGUGUUGCUGUUUCAAAAGUUACACCACUCUGCUUAUCGAUCGGAAACUCAAUUACCGAUAGCAAGCAAAUGCCCGUAGUAACAUUCAGUUCUGCAAAUGUAAACGGUCUAAAUUCAGUCGCAAGUCCUUUUCUUGGGCAACUUAUUCCCCUUUCUAGUUUACCUGAAAAUGUUAUUUGUAGUUUGUCAACAGCGCUUGUGCAUAAUCCAAUUAAAAAUUCUACCAAUAAUAUAACAACAAUAAAUACAGAACACCAUAAUGAACCAUCCACUGCCCAUAAUGCCCCUUCAGCAUGGUUAUUAACCAAUCCAUCGAGUAAUUUAUCAUGCAACUUGACUCAACAAACUGCACUAAAUACAUUACAGCCCACUUUAUUCGUACCUGUACCAGCGCUCGGCGACUCACCUGCAACGUCAGCCAUAAAAGUCCCACAAUCAUCAGACAAUUCAGUCGCUUCUAUCGCCUCUUCAAAUUGCACUGGAAUUUUGCGUUACCCCGAUAUAAUUGAAGCUUUGAAGUAUAUGGCUGCUAAUGGAAGCCUUAUUUCAUCUAUUAAUGUACCCACAUCAACAUAUUCUACAAAUUUGUCAAUGCAAGUGAAUAACACAGUUAAUGCUCCUGAUAACUCUGGACGCUCACAGCCUGCUUCACAGAUUCACCCAUCAAAUUUAUCUACUUCAGACAGCCUUGCAGCUUUAGUAGCUCAUCUGACUGCAGCAAAUAAUCCACAGGUGGUUUCACAAACAAUAGGUACACAUAUGCCUAUUAGAACAAGCAGUGCUACAUCAACUGAUAAUAAUCUCGUUGAUACUUUGUCUUUCUGUCCGAACUCUUCAUCUGAUGUAACAAAUAUGUCGAAUUUCACUGCAUUAGUUUCACCUGCACCAGUACAUACUAAAUUUGAUGGAAGAUGUUCAGAUGGAAGUACUUCAGUUUCUGGAUCAACACCUAUCAAUAAUAUUGAAACUAACGGGGAUGUCAGUUUUACAUCAAGUGAUCAAGCUCUGGAUAUGUCUGUACGAUCUACAACUGUGUCAUCUGAGCAUUCAGUGAUAGGAGCUUCAAAUUUACUAAAAUCUGGAACAGACGUUAAUGCUUCAUCGUGUAAAGAGGAAAAUACACUCGAUCAGUCAACCCUGAACGUUGUUAACAAUGUCGCCGAUGUAAUCAAUGCAGCUCUUAAAGGGGGCUUAAAACAGCGCUUAAUACAGUCCAUUGAAGUUCCAGUAUCCAGCCUAUUCCCUAAUCCAGCUCAUUGUCUAUCUGCUCUUGCAAGUACAAUAUAUGGCUUACCAACAGUAAAUGAGACUCCAAUUGGUUCAAAUAAUCCAGACGAUAAAGGAAAUCAGAAUGUAAAUUGUCAAAAUGAAUGUUAUAAUAAUCCUUCUACUAACAAAAAGCCAAUAAUUAACUGUAGUAUGGUAAACAGUCUUCAGAGUUCAGAACUAGACAAUAAACUGACUGAUUCUGGGAAUAAAUCACUCCAGACUUCUAUUGCAAGCAGUACAACAGCGAAUUCACCCUCCACUUCUUCUCAUAUCGUCAGUUUAGCUCAACUGCAAGCAAUUAUGGCUGUACUAGCUAAUACAUCAUCUGUUUCAAUAUCUGUGCCAUUUACUUCAACAGCAACGACAUCAUCCUUUUCUUUAAUGCCCACAUGUACUACAACUAUGUCAUCAUUAAAUUCUUCAAAUCUUUCAUUUCAACAGCUCAUAAAUCCCACAACUACUUCAGUACCUUCAUCAGGUACAAGUGUAUUUAUAAAUUCUCCUACUGUUGGUUCAAACUUAAACAUAUCGGGAUCAGUAUCUGCUUCGGAGACUGGAAAUACUUCAUUAAUUUCAGGUUUAAAUAACUUAACAAAUGUUUGUGGUUUUACUUUGACUGGAGCUUCUAGUUUAAUGAACAACACAACAUAUAAUCCAACAGUUUCAAAUAAUUUGAAUGCAGUUAGCUCUAAUAUCAAAGGUAUUACUGUACCACAAGGUGAAUGUAUCUCUUUAACGGGAAUCCUUUCGGGUAAUGUAAACAGUAUAUCUACCAAUUCAGGACAUUUAGGACAUACGGUAAUGGGCAAUCCGGCUCUUAUCAACUUUAUUUCAGCAAGUAAAUCUCCAGUACAAUCAGGCGUGACACUGAGUUCGGCGAAUGCAGCCCGUUUAUUAAGUAGUCUAGCAACAUCCACAACAGGAGCUAAUCUGUUAUCUGUGGUGAAUAGUGGAACAGUUGGUACUAAUACGAGUAUGUGUGGUAAUACAUUACUAGGAACAGCCAGUUUACCUAGUGGAUCAAUAAGUCUUCUAGAUCCACAACAGACCUUGUUCGCAGCAGCAGCUGCUGCUGCUCAAAAUAUUCAAAAACCCGGAGCUAUUAAUAAUGCUGUAAAUCAGAUUGCGUUGGCUAGCCUCAAAGCUUCUAGUGGUUGCGGGAAAAAUAUAGAGCCAACUGCUCCAGUAAUUGGUCUUUUGGAUCCACGCACUGGUCUUCAACUGCGUGUUGCAGAUGCAUCAUCAGCGGCAUCUACCAUUCUGACGUCUGCCAAUUUAUCUAAUUGUCUUAAUAACACAAGUUACUCGAAUCCGCCAGACAGUGAUCAAAAUGAAACACGACUAAAUGAGACAAGUCGGGGCAUAACUAAUGAUAGUGACCUAAAUCAAACAAGUGAACUUGAAACAGGUUCAAACUAUGACGAUCAAAUAGAUGAAGAGUGGGAACCAGAACAAGAUGAAACAUGUUCAGUUCAAGGCAGUGCUCAACACUUAUUUUCCAAUCGAAACGACAGAAGUGGUGACAAAACAACUAGGGAGUCAGGAACUCCAAACAAAAAUGACCAGUCAGGUGCUGAAAAUAUUUAUAAAAACGAUAUUUCUUCUAAUUCACUACUGACUUCUGGUAAUAAACGUUCUUCGGGUUCAACUAGAACCAGUGGUGCAAAUUCAUCGAACAGUCGACGUGGUUUAGCAUCAUUUAACGAUGCAAACAAUCAGCACCAACUACGUCCGCAUCGUCAAAAUUUCACACCUACUCAGAAUCGUAUACUAACUGAGUGGUAUCAACUACACCAAGCGAAACCUUAUCCAUCUACUGAUGACACUAAGGAAUUGGCGAAUAUAUCUGGUUUGAGUUAUUCUCAGGUGAAAAAGUGGUUCGCUAAUAAACGUGCACGUUCUACAUCUAGUGGUCUCCCAAAACCUACACCACCAUUAGCCCCUGAUUCGUCUACAGAUCCUUCAGCUGCUGCAGCUAUUGUUGCAGCUGCUGUAGCCGCUGCAACUUCAGCAGUAGCAGAUGUUGGCCAGAUUAUGACAUCUACUCCUACAACUAGUGGGAAUACUUCUUCCAGUGUUGCUGCAAUAACUUCUAAUAUUAUUGACAGUGAUGUUUCUUCUUCUUCUUCUUCUGUCCAACCAUUUCCUAUCAAACCGAAAUCCGUUUCAUUUACAUCUCAAUCGUAUUCAGACUUAAGUGCGCUUAAAAUUGAAAAAGACAAAGAAACAGAAUUUGUCUCUGGACUGAUUUCAUCUCAUUUGAAAAUUAAUCAAGAAGAUAUUAAAACUGUAUUACUACUAUCAACACAAUCGAAUAACAAUAAGAGUGUUAACAGUGAUAAUUUAGUACAUUUUUCAAAUAUAAAUGAUAAAGAUGAACAGGUGAAAAAUACAUUGGAUGAUGAUAAUAGUACUAAUAAUGAUAAUAAUAGAAUGGAAUUAUCCGAUGAUAGUCAUACAAAUAAAAGCAAUCCUGUGAUUAUGAUCAAUUCUUCACUGAAUCUAUCAGAUCCAAUUUCUUAUUCUGCCUCAUCACCACCUACACUUCAUGUUCAUAUUAAUCAUAAGCUAAAUUCUCCAGCAAAUCGUUUAGACACAUUAUCUUCGUCUUCCUGUUCCUCAUCAUCAUCUUCCUCCUCCACGACAUCAUCAGCAUCAUUAUCAGAUGAUGAAUGUCAUAAACAACACAAGACAAUAUCAAAAGAGAAAAUUAACGAAAACACCAAGAAUAAAUCUUCAACUUGUAAUAGUGAUUCAGCUUUAAUAAUAGCUGAAGAAACAAACAGUGAUAUUUCGAAUUGUUUUACACCAGAAACAGAAAAAAUAUCAUCGCCAACAGAUAAAGAUUUUAAUGAUGAAAAUACUUCUGCUGUUACAAUAGAUUUACAAAACGAUAAAAAGGUAAUUAAGAAUGGACCUGUAACAUUGGAAACCAGUUAAAUUGUUACCGAAACCAACACAUCAGUAUGUAUUAUUUAGCUAGAGUCAUGAAAGCAAAACAUCAACUCUAGUUGGAUAAAGCAAUCCUCGUUUGUGCUUCAUUUUUGUAUGUAUGUGUGUGUGUGUACUGCUUUAUUUUCAUCUGUUCUCCUUUUUGCAUGUUUACAUUUACUGUGUUUACAGUAUUUCAUAAACCCCAGUUUAUUUAUGCUAAGUGCCUUAUUUACUUAUCUCAGUUUAUUGUUGUGCAUAUUGUUUAUCUUCUUUACUGUUUGCUUCUUUUUGUUGUUUAAUAUUACAAAGAAAAAAGAGAUAAUGACAUUUGUCUGCCUAUUUACUUUCGUUGCAUUAAAAUUAUGCUUCUGGUGAGUAUAGAACAUCCAGUCAAGUGGGAUAAAACAUCAGGUAUUAGGAAAGGACAAUGUAUUUAUUUAUGACAUUCUCUUCUUUGAUACUUCAUUCUUUACAAUAUUUUGAUUAGAUCUGAAGGCUGAAAAAAAGAAACAAUGAUGGCUGAUACAACUUUUACUUACCGUUCUCAAAUUGGACCUCAUUAUUUUUCCUACCUGCCUAGCUUUCUUACAAAUUUACCUGUCUAUCUAUCUAUCUAUCUAUCCAACAUUCUGCAGUUUCAAAAUUACAUGAACUAGUGCCUGCAUCAUGUUUCAUGAGAAGAAAAUUCUUUUAAAGAAAAAUUAUAUUUCACUUGAUGUGUUUUGAUGGUGCCGUUAAAAGUGUUAAUCGGCAUCAUUUCAGUAUAAUGAAGCAAUGUUGUUGUUUUGUUGCUUUUUUUUCCUAAUUAGAAGUGUUUUAUUCUGUUCUCUAUACACUUUUAGAGUGUUAACAGUUUCCUUUCUUUGUUUCUCCAAAAUCCUUUUUAAUGAUGAUGAUGAUGAUGAUGCAUAAAUGGCAUUUCCAAUUACAAAGCAUGUUAACUUUUUAACCUUUGUUUUCUUUAUUGUACAUAGAUUUCUAAAAAAAAAAUAUGAAAUGAAGGGGGGAGGAAUGCUUAACUCCCCCCCCUUCCCCCUUAAAUUUAAUAUUUUUACUAAGCUUACUUUACAGUUGUCUAUGUGGCAUUUUUCAAUCCAUUUAUCCUUGACGUUGAAUCUCUUAGUUACAUUAUUCUCAUUAUUAUACAAAUCAGGAGAUUUCUAAUUCUAUUCAAUUUAUGUUUUCAUUCAUUAUGUCUUUUGAUAUGUUCUUUUUUCAAAGAAAGGAUUACGACUUAAUAAGCCUAAUCGUUGUAUUUUGUUUUUCUCCCCUUGAUCCCACAUUCGUUGUCCUUUUGUUGUCUGUAUUAUGCAUACAAAUUUCUUCUGUUAAUUUGUUGUUUUAGUCAUAUAAUAUAAUAUACAUUUAUAAACAAAUAAA